UUCAAGAGGGCGGGGUCAGUCUUCUCGCUGAGCAACUCCUGAAAGUUUGCGGAAGUUUACUUUUACAGCUUAAGUUGAAGUAACCCGUCAAGAAGGUAAAGUCAGAAAGACGGCUAUUUUCCUGUUGUACUGCAAUAGAUGGACCUCAGUUCAGAGAAAAUACAACGGAUCCUCUCCAAGUACAAAUUUCAUGAUGUUGCUAUUGAGGAGCUGCAGAAGAUCCAUCGAAUCUACCCCGGGAUGAAACCAUCCACAGGAACAUACACAUUCAGUGACUCCACCCAGAAAGAUCUACUGAAAUUAAUGGGUACUGUCCCUGUCAAGUAUGGAGGCCGCUCCUACAACUUCCCCAUUCUGCUGUGGCUGAUGGACUCAUUCCCCUUCACCCCUCCAAUAUGCCUCCUAAAACCAACCUCUAACAUGGUCAUCAGAGAGGGCAAGCAUGUUGAUGGAGGAGGGCGGCUCCACCUGCCAGGGCUGCACAACUGGGACUAUCCCAAGUCAUCUGUGGUGGGCCUUUUAAAUGAGAUGAUUGCCAAAUUUGAGGAAGAUCCUCCGCUGUCAUCAAAGACCACAGGAGAAAAUAAAGACCCUCAUGAGCUCCUGGCUUUCGUUUCUAAUCUAAACCUCAAUGAUGGUGCGUCACUUGGUGGAAGCAGACAUCAUGACCACCCAAAUAACAAAGUCUCAGUAAUCGGGGGAGGAGAUUUAGGAAUGGCAUCAGUGAUGAGCAUUUUAUCGAAGUGUAAAGUGGACAAACUAGUUUUCAUUGACGUCGCAGAGAGUUCCACCAAGGGCGGCAGCACAGAUCUAGAAAUUUUCACCCUGCCCAAGGUUGAGGUAUCCAGAGAUAUGUCAGCUUCUGUAGGGUCCAGGGUUGUUGUGGUGACUGCGAAUGCAUGGAGUAGCGAGCAGUCGUACGUGAGCGUGGUUCAGACUAACGUAGACUUGUACAGAGGAAUCAUCCCAAAUCUGGCACGUCUCAGCCCCAACGCAGUCCUGCUCAUCGCUUCACAACCAGUGGACAUCAUGACCCAUGUUGCCUGGAGGCAGAGUUGCCUGCCUCCGACACGGGUGAUCGGAGCGGGGUGUAACCUGGACUCAGAGCGACUCAGUCACAUCCUGGAUAUUAACCUGAACACUCACAAACCAGCCUGGGUCAUAGGAGAACUUUCAGAAAACAAAGUUGCUGUGAUGAGUCACAUUGGGCUGAACUCCAGUGUGCAACCAGAGAUCGCGGCAGGAUCCAACUCUACCAAACCAUUGUUAGACAGAUCACUCGAGAUGAUGAAGAAUCGUGGCCAGCGGUCGUGGUCUGUGGGUCUAUCCAUUGCUGACAUCACAAACAGUAUCCUGACAGAUAAAAAUAAGAUCCACUCUGUCACCACACUGGCUCAGGGCUGGGGCGGCAUAGGCACAGAGGUGUUCCUCAGCUUGCCGUGCAUCAUGGGAUCAAACGGUUCCAUGCGAUUGGCCGGAGUGUCUCUGGGACAGGAAGAAGACUCUAAACUGAGGGAAAGUGUCACCUCCCUUUCUAACCUCAUGGGUCAGCUCAAGAUAUGAAGGAUGUGAUUGUAGUUCAAUUUCUGGUGGAUCUGACCAGGUUGUCAGCUGCUUACUGGUAGGCAGUUCUCCAGUCAACACACCAUCAGAAGAUGGACUUUGCCUGUGCUGAAGUUAAAUGCAGUUUCAGUUAGUUGCUAAUACUGGAAUUUUGUCUUAUAUGUAUAUUUUAAUCAUAAGAUUGGUUUCCAUAUUUUAGUGGGAUACUGUGUAUUAAAUGUGGGUACAAUUAUAUAAAAAUAAAUAUACAGAUUGCAUUUUGAUUUUAAAUUUUACUAGGACUGAUUACACAUUGUGUCUGAUACAAAAUUUGGGGUUUUCAGCUAUAUUUUUGUCUGAAUUUUGCUAUUUUAAUCAAAGAUAAUGUAGUUAUCCUUAUUUUGGUACCAACCAUUUUCUUUGUAGGAAAUCAGGGUGUUUGCACGCAAGUUUGAGGCAUGUAUGUAUAUUCACCACAGGUGCUGGUGUUACACAAUAGAUUGCCUCAUUGAUGAAGGACAUUUUGUAUAUUUUAAUGGCUUUAUUUUCCAUCUAAGUGCUGUUUCUGAAUUUAAUGCAAUAACCUUUUUUCAAGUGCCUUUAUAUUUAUAUCUUACUGUUUACUUUGUGUACACUGCAUUGCACUGCAAGAACCUAAAAUAUGUACAGUAAGACUACAGAAGUUUGUGGGUGUGCAAUAAAUAUCUGAAACCA